AUGUCGAAAGGCUAUUUGUUCUAUCACUUUCAGUCAGAAAAACCGUUCGACUUGAUUGCGGUUCUCCGAGCUGGACAUUAUCACCGCAUUUCUUCUGCUGCUUACACUCGCGACAGUAGCAUGCUUAUAACGGCUUCAUAUGAUUCGAGUUGUGUUGUUUGGUGCGUCCCGGAAUACAAUCCCCUGUACCAUUACUGGCAUAUGGGCCGUGUACCAAGCCUACUACUUCUUGGUGGGGCAAAUAACCAUCACUUGUACGGAGUGGCUGUGGCACCAGACAGUUUACAUUUCUGCACAAUCUGUGAGGACCGCUGUGUUCGCUUAUGGCCGUUGGCUGCCUCAACUUCUCCAACCAAGACGUACUAUGAGUUGGCGUUGUCCACUAUUGCUGGAUUAAAAAUGCGCAGUGUCGCAUUCAGUCACUGUGGACGACUGGUUGCGGUUACCACGUCAGAUAGUCGUGUCCUUCUCUUCACAACGAACAGUCAGUUUUUGAGUUUAACGAAUCAGUGCGUCCGUGCCAUACGGAGCUACAUCACGAAGUAUCUGAUGUUUACUUAUCCACGUCAGCCGGACGGAAACGGACCGCUGAACUACAAUCCACUGAAUGAUCAAUUAAGCUGCCUGUUGCAGCAAGCUAUUCAGGAACUUCCUUUGCCCCCGCAUGUGUUAAAUCUCGUAACCUGUGAUUUCAGUAAGAGCUCACGUCCCUAUUAUUACUACCCUACCGAAUCUUGCCCAAGUCCCAGAAGUUGA